AAAUCUUUGCUGGAAGCUUCUCCACGGGACGGUUUCGAGGAGAUGAUCCGAUGGACAGAAAGUGGCAAGUUGUGGCCAUUCCCGAUCGACAAUGAGCACGGGAUGACCGAGGAGGCCGACGUACCGUUCGAGGACCACGUGUUCCUGGAUCAUCUCAUUGAAGAUGACCAUGCCUUCCCGAAUGGACCCGUGAGGCAAUUUAUGGAGCUCGUGUGCAUCGGACUUUCCAAAAACCCGUACAUCAGCGUGGAACGCAAGCACGCAUGUAUAGAAUGGUACAGGGACUAUUUCACGCAAAAGAAAAGCUUCAUCGAAGCUGCCGUGGAAAAUUGA